AUCGUUUACUCGUUGAGCAAACAAGGGAAACUACCAGACUUUUUUUUUGCGAAAACCUAUUUAGCAUAACCUAAGGAACUCCUCGACUAUUUUCGUAUAUUUAAAAGAAGCGUGUUGUUGUGUACAAAACUCUUGAUUAAUAAAGGCAAAAAUAAGAAACUUAUUUACUUGAAAUGCCGGCAACGCCAGUUACUACGUGCACUAUAUGUGCGGAAAAUUUCAAAGCAACGGACACUAUUUACAAUACUAGUUGCGGCCACGUAUUUCAUCAUGAUUGCCUUCAGAAUUGGCGAGGAAGAUCUAGCGAGUGUCCGAUAUGUCGUGUUCAGUAUGCGAAUAUGCAAAAAUUGUACCUGAACUUUGACGAGGAGGCAGCUGACGAAUCAGUAGUAAAUGAUCUGAAAGCGAAACUGGAAAGCUGCGAAACUAAAAUGGAAAAAAUAUAUGACGAAUCAAAUCAAAAGGAUCUUGAUUUUUUGCAAAUACAAGAGCAAUGCACUAUAGCUCAGGAAGAGAUUCGACGCUUAAAUGGCGAACUUUCCAAACUUAAAGAUAGUGAGACAAAUUUUCUGGCAUUACAGAAACAAUACACUGAGGCCCACGAAAGUAUUAAAGAUUUGGAGGAAAAGAACGAAUAUUUUUCAUUGCAGAUUGAAGGAAAAAACAGAGAAAUUCGACUAAGGAUGUUGGAAAUUUCUGCACUCAAAUGUACCGCGACAGGUAUGGAAACACCAGUAGAUGGAUCGGAUUCGAUAUUGAAACAAAAACUAAUUAUAAUGGAGCAAAAGCUAGGACACGUCACCGCAGAAUUGCAAAAGGAAAUAUCGAUUUCGGUUCAACUAUCUAUAGAUAAAAUGAAACUACAAAGUUUAGUCGAUCAGUAUGGUGCUACUAAAAUGGAACCAACGCCACUCCCCAACAAUAUUCAAAAAUCGAAUCAGGUGGAACAAGAAAAGACGAUGCCUACCAAAAAAGAAACAAUCGCCAAAGAUAUUACUCGUGUAACUAGUGUUGUGAUAAAACGUUUCCCUUCGCGUCACAUCCGCUAUCCUUUAGUCAAUAUAAUUAUAGCCUUUGCUGCCACAAUCGAUGUGGAAAUUUCUGCGCACGAUAUACAUGGCGUACGCCUACUGGAAAAACAAAAUAUAAAAUAUCGCUCAGCAAAUAUCGUCUCUUUAUUGGUACAAUUUAAAAGUUCACGAUUAAAAACCAAUUUUCUCAAUAACAGGUGUAAAGUGAAGAAUCAUCCCGAAUAUGGCUUGGUAAUAAUCCAUGAAUAUAGGGACGAUUAUACCAACACUUUAUUUCAUUAUGCAAAGACAAAAUUAAAAUAUUACGGGUUUUGCAACGUAGUUUGUGAAAAUGGCCAAGUAAUGGUUUCGAAAGGUAAGAAAGGUAACAAACGAAUCCAUAUAAAAAGUACGGCCCAAGUAGACGAUAUGAUCCCUAAGUAUACCGAAUGCGAUAAAGAGAACGUAAACGAGAACUUUCCGGAACGCUUGAGAGCUGCUAACAGCAAGUCGAACUUAUCUGCUGAAAAAGAAGAAACUUCAAAGGGCGAAAGCGAUCUAAAAUGUGAUGAAGACUUCUACGCAUUCUAUUAUUAA